AUGCUGUUCGCCCGCAACGUAGUCGACUUUCUUCGGCAGGUGCAGCGCCAUUUGGCCCGGGCCCGCCACGCGCCGCCCCGCCAUCUGCCUAGGCAUCGCUGUCUAAAGCCGGCUCUAUCCGGACAGUUGGGCUUCGAACCCGUGGCCGACGGUAGCCGCGGCCGCUGCGCCGUCGGGUGCACCCCGCCCCCCCCCCCCCCCCCCCCCCCCCCCCCCGGAAGUGUCGCUUCCGGACAUGGCCGCCGCGACAAUGCCGACGAAUGCGGGGUCAACGGGCCCCCGCCGAUGCAACAGAUGCCCGCGGCGCAGCCUCCGCGGCAAGGCCUAAGGGAUUCGUCUGCAAAUGCGGACAGUCCCGGGAAUGCGGCCCGCGUGGUCACCCCGCUGAAUUGCAAUAGGCCCGCGCCCCGUCGACAUUUAGGCGGCGGAAUGCGCGCCGCGGACCUUUGUCCCCAGCUCUUCGGUAUUGAGCAAUUACCCCACCGUUCUGAGGCCGCUCCCGUCGAGAUC